AUGCCCGAGGAGAUCAAUAGUCUCAAGUCCUUCCAGCAGGUUUGGGACAAUAAGCAGAGUAAGACGGAGAACGAAUCCAAUUCAGACGGCUGCGAUAAAGGGGAACGAGAGCCGGAACCUUCUCCCGUUGGCGACGGGUUUGAAUUUCCCUUCUUCCACCUAAAUCCCACAGACUUCGAAUGGCAAGAAUACCGAUUUCCAUUCUCUCGCCUUGACGCGACGGACUUUCGCAAGCCCCGCGAGCGAAUCCGAUUCCCGUUCUCACAUAUGGACCCGGAGCGCUUGGGGUGGGCACCAGGGCGAGAGAAGAAGCCGGACUCGCCUUUGAACAAGCUCAUGAACAUGGUCGGACUUGACGAGGUGAAGAAGGAAUUUCUAUCCGUACAAGCAAGAUCCUCCAGUAGAGAUGAUCCGUCCUCCCGCAAAGUUAAACCCUCAAUGAGGAGUCUGAAACUCGAUUUGAUCGUCUCCGGGAGUCACGGCACUGGCAAAUCUACAAUUGCACAGCUCUACGUGGAUUUUCUUGAACAUUUGGGUAUCGUAAGCUCGGAAAAUGCGUCCUAUGUCAUCGAUAGCGAGUACUCCUUUUACAAGAUGGAUUGCGAAGAGGGUGUCUUCGUUGUUGAAGGCAACAAGAAGCUUGUUAAGAGUAUGCUGAGUUACCCCAAAGCUCGUGAGCGGUUCUCCAGAAGAAUCGACAUCAAGGACUACUCUGAGGAGGAGCUUUUAUCCAUCAUGGUGAAGCUACUGAAGGAAUAUUCCUUGAACGUUGAGGGUGGAUAUGACGCACCAUUCCUGAAUACGUUCAUUCGCCGGUUAAUGCAACGAAAAGGCAAGAAAUUUCAAAAUGUCAAGACACUCCAAGCCGAGAUCGAGAAAUUACGUAGGCGUCAGGCAGAGAGACAGGAAAAAGCGACAUCUAAGGAAGAUACUAUAGUCGUGAACAUUUCAAAUGCUUCCUACCGCUUGACGGAAUCUGAUUUUCUUGGAGCAAAGCCGGACAACUUCUACGAGCGCAGCGAGUCUUGGAAGAAGCUCGAGAAGAUGGCUCGUAUGGAUCAGGUCAAAGAAGCUGUGAAAGAGUUAGUCACUAGGAGACACAUCAACUACGUUCGUGAAAGGGAAGGAAAGGAGCCAUUGAAGACGACCUUCAAUCACGUCUUUCUUGGUCCACCGGGCACGGGGAAAACGACCGUUGCUACGCUCUUCGGGCAGAUCAUUGCGGACCUUGGGUAUAUUGAGGACAAUCAGGUGGUGAUAAAGAAACCCACCGACUUUCUGGGCAAGUAUGUCGGCCAUUCGGAGGACAUGACUAAAGAUAUUUUGGAUGAGACUGAGGGCAAGGUCUUAAUCAUCGACGAAGCUCAUAUGUUCUACCACGGCUCCGAGCACGGCACGGACAAGUCCGACAUCUUCCGAAAGGGCAUCAUCGACACAAUAGUGGCCCAUAUCGACAAUGAGCCCGGCAGCAAUCGAUGCAUCAUCCUAAUGGGCUAUCCGGACCGAAUGAAAGAGUUCUACCGCAACACCAAUCCUGGAUUCCAAAGGCGAUUUCCCUUAGACACUGCAUUUUUGUUUGAGGAUUACGAUGACAAGACCCUGGGUGAGAUCAUGGAUAUCAUGCUCACCAAGGACGAGAUCACGGCCACCGCGGAGGCUAAAGCUGUGGCUUUGGAAGUCCUUCGAAGAGAGCGUGAUCGUCCGAACUUCGGCAAUGGAGGCGCAGUACGUAAUCUUAUUAGUCGAGCGCAGGUCACAUACAGCAAGCGCAUUGCAUUACAUGCAAAAGGAAACUCGCAGUCAGGAAACGACAGUCCCCUUCACCUGACUGAAGCGAGCCAGAUAUUGCUAGAGCCGCAGGACUUUGACCAGGGAUAUGACCGCGGACUCCGAGCCAACAAAGAUUUCCGAUCCCUAUUCAAGGACCUCGUCGGGUUCCAAGACAUUAUCAGGACCUUUGAGGGCUACCAGAAAAUGACAGCAAAUAUGAAACAGCACGGUCUAGACCCGCGCGAGGAGAUCCCGUUCAGCUUUGUCUUCAAAGGUCCACCAGGUACAGGCAAGACAACGACAGCUCGAGCUCUGGGUCAUAUCUACCAUUCCAUGGGUUUCCUUUCCACGACUGAAGUCAUGGAUUGCUCUGUAACUGACUUAGUUUCGAGUAAUGGCCUUACGGGCCAGAAGGUGCAGAACCUACUUGAACGCGGCCUCGGUAAAGUUCUCUUCAUCGACGAAGCUUAUCGCAUGGGCCAAAGGGAUCUGACUGGUGCUUUCAUCAGCCGUCUUGCACAAGAAGCUGUUGGAGAGCUAGUCGAUUGUAUGACGAAAGAAAAAUUCGCGGGAAAAUUGGUGAUUGUUCUAGCAGGCUAUGAGAAGGACAUGGAUCAGCUCAUGAGUACGAACGAAGGGCUGCGCGGCCGAUUUACUGAGAUGGUAUUCCCCAACAUGAGACCGAAGGACUGUCUGCGACUUCUUCAGAAGAAGUUAGAGAAUAAGAAGAUUUCGAUUCUUCAUCCGAGCGAGAGACAGGUGCUCGGCAAGGUCAUUGGCCUGUUUAACAAACUCAGCAAAACGGAGGCGUGGGCAAAUGCUCGUGAUGUGGAAAGUAUAGCCAAACGCAUCACGUGUCAGUUAUUUAUGAAGGAGCUCCCUUCUCAGGGCACGCUGGAAAUUACACUGGAGGAGAUCGCUGCAGUCUUGAAACAACUUUAUCAGCAGAGAAGACCAUAUAACUUCGGCGACGAGUCUUGAUGAUGAAGGUAUUGGUUUUGAUUCUAGGUUUUGGCCUAUCCAACUUCGAUUUCUUUCUUUUUCUUUACUUAUUACGCCUUUCGUAAACACCAUCCGGUUACGCUUCUGCCUCUGGAGGUUUAGCAGAGUUUAGCGGGGUUAUGCGCUAUCUGAUGGUUUCUCUGACGCCAUCUAUCCUCUCUUCUAAAUCACUACUUGAGUAAACCCGUCUUACCCAUCUUUAACAUGCUCAGAAUUCCAAACCGACAAUCCUUCAGGGCAUUUCGCAAACCCCCCC